AUGGCAGCGCCGCCGUCACAGAGUUGGGGGAUUACCCACAGCCAUUGCCGUUCACCAGCGACCAUCUCUUCUACGUGCUUCAGAGUUCAGCCGGCAGGCCAAUCGGCCCCAUGCCAAGGUCCUUCAAAUGGGCCGCAAAAUUGCCUGACUUUGACACCGACUCCCGGCGACCUGGAGAACAAUCUCCAUCGCCCGGUUGGACAUGGCUACAACCUGGCAAAGCAACAGGUCGUAUCUUCGGUCGCUGUUUACCUCCCAUCCUCCAUUUAG